AUGAAGGGGACCUUACCCACCAGCAGCCUCCUACUGCUGUUGCUGCUGAACUCAGACCCUGGGGCAGCAUUGUUAUCGCCACCCAGUAUCACCUGCUGUACUCAGCUCUACCAACAGCCACUCCCGAACAAGCUGCUGAGGAAGGUCAUCCGGGUGGACCUGCAGAAGGCUGAUGGGGACUGUCACCUCCAGGCCUUUGUGCUUCACCUGGCUCAACACAGUGUCUGCAUCCACCCCCAAAAUCACAGCCUGGCUCAGUGGUUUAAGCGUCAAGGAAAGAGAAUCCAGGGGACUCCGCAGCUGAAUUUUGGGCUGCUGGGAAAAAUCGGCUGGGACUCCCAACAGUCAAAACAAUAAAGCAGCGUUGAACAAUGGUCUCUGACUGUGAUCUCCAAGUUCUAUGUACUCCAGUGAGCCCUGAAUCUGGAGCUGGGAAACAUAUCAAUAAACAGAACUUUCUUAUUGUCUUU